AUGGUAAACAGGUUUGAAGUUGAACAAAAUACUUUAGGGGGAGAUUUUGAAGGAGAAGCGUCUGACUUAGAUGAUAGUUCAUAUAAAGCUUAUGAGUCAGGUACUUCUUAUUCUGAUUCUUUUGAGUCUGAUGGUGAUAGGGUAGAUGAACCAGAGGUUGAACUAGUAGGUGAAAUGAUACAGAAGGAGUUAGACCACUUACUAGAUUCAAGUUUUUGGAGUUUAGAAGAUGAUUUUGAUAGUAGCAGUGAUCAUGAUUUGAAUAAUGACAUGGAUUAUGAUAAAUAUGGGAAUAAAAAGUACCCUCUAUUCAAUCCUCAAACUGAUAUGAGGAACCCUAUAUUGAUAAAGGGUUUGGUUUUCCCUAGUAGAGACAUUUUAAAAGAUGCAGUUAAACAGUAUGGGAGGAUAAAUAGGGUAGUAACCAAACUAACUAGGAAUGACAAGCUUAGGGUGAAAGCAGUCUGUGCACCUAGUUGUCCAUGGACGUUAUGGGCAUCCAAGUUAAAUCCCAAGGAUCCAAUGGAUGGGAGUUGGCAAAUUAAGACCUUAGUCAACCACCAUAAGUGUAGCAAGGUAAUGAAAAAUAAGAAUAUUACUUCAAAGUGGAUGGCUAGACAUUAUUUACACAAAUUUCAAGUUGAUCCCAAUUAUUCCUUAACAUCCUUACAAAAUGAUAUUAGGGUGGAUUUUGGAACAAUAGUGUCUCGGACUAAAUGUAUGAGGGCUAAGAUUAGGGCUCUAGAACUAGUUCAAGGGAAUCACAAAGCUCAAUAUGCCAAUAUAUAUGAUUAUUUACUUGAGUUAAGGAGAAGCAACCCUGGUACAACAACCAUCUGUAAAUUAGACUGUAGGCUAUUUCAGAGGCUUUAUGUAUGCCUUGAAGCAUGCAAAUCAGGUUGGUUAACUGGUUGUAGGAGAAUUUUAGGGUUAGAUGGGUGUUGGCUGAAGGGAUAUUAUGGUGGACAUUUGCUUGCUGCUGUUGGGGUUAAUGCCAAUGAUUGUAUAUAUCCAGUGGCUUUUGCUGUAGUUGAGAGUGAAAACAAACAAUCAUGGUUUUGGUUCCUCGAGUUGUUACAGAGAGAUUUAGAGAUCGACAACUCCUACAAUAUAUGUUUCAUGUUUGACAAACAAAAGGUACUAUAA